GUACCACUUGACCAUCAAAUCAGGAAACCAGCGACAAAACCGAAGAAUAGGAACCCAAAUCACUACCACGAAUUCAUCACAUGACGAUUUACUCAUUCUACGUUUUCGAUCGACAUUGUGUUGCUGUCUACUAUCAAGAUUGGCAUCGAUCGCCUUUGAAAGCAGCCAGGCCCGAUCCUAACGUACUGCCAUGUGUUUCGCCAGCGAUUUCGCCGAUGAAAGAGCCCAGUCAAACGAUCAUGAACACUGAUCUUACUCGGCAACAGAGUGCCAUGGGCAAUCUUCCGUUUAGCAAUCGAACGGGUGUCGUGAUCGGAGGUGAAGAGGUACCGAGCGAUCUGCAAUCUCUGGUCUCAUCUUCGACCUUGAAGAGCUCAAUCCCGUCUAUCAACACCAACCAACUCUUGAAGUCAGCUACAGAGAAUGCAAACGAUGACCAAACUCAAGCCUCUAAAAACCCAGGCUUACCGUUUGAUGAAGAAGCUAAAUUGGUCUAUGGUGUCGUCUUCAGUCUGAGGAAUAUGGUUCAAAAACUGGCUGGCAAGCAGGAGGUUCUACAUGGUUACACCACUUCAGCAUACACCUUACAUAUCCUCACCACACCCACAAAUCAUACUUUUGCCCUUUUCACAUCCCCGAUGCCCGAGAGUUUGCGACCGACUCUUAAAACCCUAUGGAGGACUGCUUGGCUGGACUUUGUGGUUCGAAACCCCUUAGUGUCUAUUGAAAGCAAACAAUCAGGAAGAGGGAUCGAUAAUGAGAUGUUUAGGAGAUCAGUUGAUAAUCAGAUGAGAGCGCUCCCAGUCUUCAAUUGAAAUCCUUCCUCCCUUGAAUUGUCAUUUUAUCCAUUCAGAUUUGAUUUACCAGAAAUCUCCAACAAAAUGGAGUACUGUAUGUAAAACUAAAAAAAAAAAAUAGUAAGCUCCAUUCCAUCAUCAAGCACACUCGAACUUCUGCAAUCCAUCAGUCUAACUCAAAUGACCCAACUUAAUGUAGUUGUUAUCAUUGAAACUGAAAAUCAAGACACCUCCAUCUCUGCCUUUUUCAAAACUUGAAAGGUAUGCAUGCAAUUAACUAUACUAAGUGUGAAUCAGAACAGAGAGUGGAUGGCGGUACAAUCGUGUCUCUUUCCAUUUUUAUAAACUACUCCUCCAUCCAAGUAACCAAGAAAUGGCC